AUGAGAGAUACCGUUGAGAUCUAUAAUCCUGGGGUAGAUGAUGAUUGGGCAUUGAUUCCAAACAUGAGCGCGCCAAGACGAAAUGCGGGUCUACUUUUUGUGAAUAGCUCUUUAAUGGUUUUCGGUGGCGAUGAGGGAGAUUCUCAUUUAUUGGAUUCGAUUGAAACAUUGACAAUAGAUAUGGGUAGAGGACAACGGGCAGAGUUUGCCGGAAGAUGGCAAGUAAUAGAGUCAACACUUCCGCAACCUCGAUCAUACAGUGGAUUAGUGCUUGUCGAUAAGCCG